CACAGGAUGGCCUAUUUGCUGAAAAUGAACGUAUGCGUAUCUCUUCCUGCAGCAUCAAGUCAUAAGAAGAAGAAUAAAAAGAAAAUCAAACAGCCGCCAUCGACCUCCCUGUCGGUGCACAGCGGCUUCCUCUGCUGUGCCCACCACGAAGUCAUGGUGGCUGGUCUCGCCAUGCUGGGCAUCGGCAAGGAAAAAAACAAAGAUGCCAUGGUGUCAGUGCUGGUGAUUGGACUCGGUGGAGGAGGCCUGCCCCAGUUUCUGCGAGACUUUGUACCCGGUGUGUCUGUGGAGGUGGUGGAGCUGGAUCCCGUGGUGCUGGAGGUGGCCAAAGAGUGGUUCCACUUUCGACCCGACGAUCACCUGACCGUUACGCUUGGGGAUGGCCUUGAACGUAUCUGCACCCUGGAGAAAGACGGUGGGGGGGAUGCUGCUCCCGCUAACGCAGUAGCAAAGUCGUGAGCGAGAAGUUAAUGGAGUUGUCUACAUCUUUAAUCAGUGCUUCUGCUUGUCAAACCGCACAAAUUGCUUUGGCUAGCAGGGGAAGCUAACCUAGCAGUCUACACGUUCACUCGGUGCCUCUCUUUUACACAGCACAACC